UUAUAUCUUGACUACUUCGAGUUCGGUCGUACUGUCUGAUAAAACGGGUUUGUCCGUCACUUUCAACAAAUUAUCCUUCCAGGAAUACUAAGAUGAUGCUUCAACAUCAUCGCUAAGAGGGAAAGAAAUAGUAAACGAGGAACCAAGGCUUUCAAUUUUCUAAUUUGACACUCUUUACAACAGGACUAUAUCGUCUCUCUUUUUUCUUCUUUGGACUUGAAGUAGACUCAGUGCUCUGAGUCUCCUGUAAAUGUGGGGCCGUUUUUAAAAGCAACUUUUAUAUGCUUCCAUGCUUGAAAGAAAGCGUCUCGGAGCCCUUUUCUACUACUGGCGGAAUUGCGAGCUGACGUUUUAGCAAUAGGAAUGGCCACUUUUUCUCCUAUGUAAAGCGUGUUUUAUAUAUAUAUAUAUAUAUAUAUAUAUAUAUAUUUCCCCCCCCCCUCACGUCCAGCUCUUGGCUUACAGUGCUGCUAGUUGUGGACACACGAGCGCGUGUUGCGCAUCAACGUUGGCGUCAAUGGAUCGUCACUUCAGUUUGAUUUCCAUUUGGCUCCAACUGGAACUGUGUGCCGUAGCCGUCCUUCUCACGAAAGGAGAAAUAAGGUGUUACUGUGACGCGCCGCACUGUGUGGCCACAGGCUACAUGUGCAAGUCUGAGCUGAACGCCUGCUUCACCAAGGUGUUGGACCCUCUCAGCUCAAACUCUCCCCUCACACAUGGGUGUUUAGACCCCAUCAGCAACGCCGGCGACAUCUGUAGCAACCAGAGGGGCUCAGACGCCCUCACCGGUGCCGCCACUCUGGACUGUUGCCACGACGACAUGUGUAACUACAGAGGCCUGCAUGACCUGGCACACGCAAGGGACUCCACAGAUCAUAGCCGGUACCAGCCAGAGAGCAACAACAGAAACUUGGUGACGCGAGUUCAGGAGCUAGCCUCAGCCAAGGAGGUGUGGUUCAGAGCGGCGGUGAUUGCCGUGCCCAUCGCAGGUGGCCUCAUACUAGUGCUGCUUAUCAUGUUGGCGCUGCGUAUGCUGCGCAGCGAGAACAAGCGGCUGCAGGACCAGCGGCAACAGAUGCUGUCGCGGCUUCACUACAGCUUCCACGGCCACCACACAAAGAAAGGCCACGUGGCCAAGCUCGACCUGGAGUGCAUGGUGCCCGUCACGGGUCACGAGAACUGUUGUCUGACUUGUGAUAAGAUGAGGCAGACGGACCUCAGCAACGAUAAGAUACUAUCCCUUGUCCACUGGGGGAUGUACAGCGGCCACGGCAAGCUGGAAUUUGUAUGACUUCCUGUCCAGGAGCACACCUCAAGUGUGGCAGACGUUUUUAUUUUUUUUUUUACUCUGGAAAAAAACAUUCCCAUAUUUUUCUCCCAUUGGACUGUUGGGUCUGUGUUUUCAUUUAUUUUUACCAGUGGCAAAAAAUACGAGACUGAUCUCAUGCCGUGUGGUUUUUGCUAGAGGAGCACUUUACUUGAAAAAUGAAAAGGCAAAGCAGUGAGGAGCCGUGUUUAAACCCAAGAGGGCCGGGACUGUGAGGUGGAGUGAGAGCACCCGAAGAUCCUGGACUUGUACACCGAGCGCUGAAGGAUUCCACACCGAUCUGAAUUUUGCACAUUUGGAUUAAAAAAAAACAAAAAACAAAAACUUUAACACUGACACCAGGGUACAAAGACUUGUUUGAGGCGUUAAAUUGACUGUAGGUGCGCACACUCCUCUGUGUACGUUCAAGCUUAUUGUAAAGAUUUUGAAAAUAUAUAUAUAUUUUUUUGUCUGAUUCAAAACUGACCAGUGUGUCUUGUUUUAGAAGAAUGUUCAGCAUUGCUCUGUGUGAUCAGACUUUAAGCUUGAUUGUGAGCGUGAAAGACUUCAUUAAAAGUGACUUUUUAUUUAUUUGA